AUGGGACUGCUGACUGGGGAUACACUAGGGACCCUGGCCAUGGCCAUCGUCAUCUUCCUGCUUUUGGUGGACCUGAUGCACCGGCGCUCACUCUGGGUUGCACACUACCCACCAGGCCCCAUGCCACUGCCUGUGCUGGGUAACCUGCUGCAGGUGAACUUCCAGGACCCAGUUCACAGCUUUAGCAAGCUGCGGCGUCGCUUCGGGGACGUGUUCAGCCUGCAGCAGGUGUGGACGCCUGUGGUCGUACUCAACGGGCUGGCGGCUGUGCGCGAGGCGCUGGUGUACCACAGCCAGGACACCGCUGACCGCCCACCUGCGACUGUCUACGAGCACCUGGGUUUGGGGCCGCGCUCUGAAGGAGUCAUCCUAGCGCGCUAUGGGCGCGCGUGGCGCGAGCAGCGGCGCUUCUCCGUAUCCACACUGCGCAACUUAGGCAUGGGCAAGAAGUCUCUGGAGCAAUGGGUGACCGAAGAGGCCUCGUGCCUCUGUGCUGCCUUCGCCGACCAGGCUGGAUGCCCUUUUAGCCCCAACGCCUUCCUGAAUAAAGCGGUGAGCAACGUGAUCUCCUCCCUCACCUUCGGGCGCCGCUUUGAGUAUAACGAUCCUUGCAUCCUCAAGCUGCUGGAACUAAUUGAGAAGGGACUGAAGGAGGACGUUGGCUUCUUGCGCCAGGUGCUGGAAGCAGCCCCAGUUCUCCUGCGUAUCCCGGGGCUGGCCGCCAAGGUCUUCUCGGGGCAGAGGGCUUUCGUGGCCAUGAUGGAUGAACUGAUCACCGAGCACAGGAUGACUCGAGACCGGGCCCAGCCUCCCCGAGACCUGACUGACAUCUUCAUGGAUGAGAUCGAGGAGGCCAAGGGGAACCCCGAGAGCAGCUUCAAUGACGACAACCUGCGCAUAGUGGUGUUUGACCUGUUCUCUGCUGGGAUGGUAACUACCUCAGCCACGCUGGCCUGGGCCCUCCUCCUCAUGAUCCUGCACCCAGACGUGCAACGACGUGUGCAACAGGAAAUCGAUGAGGUGAUAGGGCCGGCACGGCGACCAGAGAUGGGGGAUCAGGCCCUCAUGCCCUUCACCAUGGCCGUGGUGCAUGAGGUGCAGCGCUUUGGGGACAUCGUCCCACUAGGCUUGCCCCACAUGACAUCCCGUGACAUUGAAGUGCAGGGCUUCCUCAUCCCAAAGGGGACAACGCUCAUCACCAACCUGUCAUCGGUGCUGAAAGAUGAGACCAUAUGGAAGAUGCCCUUCCGCUUCCAUCCGGAGCACUUCCUAGAUGCCCAGGGCCACUUUGUCAAGCAGGAGGCCUUCAUGCCUUUCUCAGCAGGCCGCCGCUUGUGCCUCGGGGAGCCGCUGGCCCGCAUGGAGCUCUUCCUCUUCUUCACCUGCCUCCUGCAGCGCUUCAGCUUCUCGGUGCCCCCUGGGCAGCCCCGCCCAAGUGACCAUGGUAUCUUUGCCUUCCUGGUGACCCCAGCCCCCUACCAGCUCUGUGCUGUGCCUCGCUAGACGGGGACACCAAACCCUCCACCCACUCCUCAGGAGUAGCUCUGAUGUACAAUAAACCAGUCUGGUGGCU